CUUUUAGAUAUUUUCUGGACUCAGGUGUGGCAAAAAAAUUUAUAAAGUUUUAGACAUCAGUCUUUCAGAUUUAUGGACCAGGAGUUUGAUGUAUAUGUUUUUUACAACUUAUAAGCAUUUAACAAAUAAACAAAUUAAAAUUUAAUUAUAUAUAUAUAUAUUUGUGGUGACAGAGAGAAACACUCGGAUACAUUCCAAGCCAUACCGUACGCAUCUAUUUUGUAGUAGUUGGUGACAAGUAUCAAAACAAUGUCUCAAAUUUUUAUUAAGAGUUAUUCGUUACAAACGUUGACGACCAUAAAAGAAAGGCUAAGGCUGCUAGAAAUUAGUCUAAUUAGAUUCAUCGUACCUGUUGAUUCGAGGACAAAGGUCGGUGUUUUGGAUAUGGAUAUUUUUUUAGUUUUGGAAGUCAAAUAUAGCCAUUAGGAGAUGUUGGAUUUGUUUUAUGAAAAAGAAAACAAUUAUAAACUACACAAAUUAUUGAAGAAAGCUUUGUAAAAAAGUAAUAUGGAUUUUGCGAUUAUAUAUGUCAGGGCAACCCUAAUCUCCAUCAAAUGAAUCCAUCAAUAAUUUGAAUAAUAUAAUUUUGUAUUAAGAUUUACUUGAAAUAUUAUAAUAAUCCUCUCAGACUAAUAGUCUUAAAGCUUCAUAUUCCUUGUUUUUUUGCUACAUAUUCCUUUUGUUCUCAAAUGAUUUAUGUUUUUAGAAUUACUUCAUUGAAAAAUACAAUACCUCCAUGAUGAUACCCAAAAUAAAUGCUGUCAUUUUACAGAUAAUGACUGAAAAAACAAUUUAAAAGCUUUUACUAUUUAGCAAUAACUAACCAGUGACAUUUUUCACAAUUUUUAUGGACAUUAAAGAGAGAAAUACUAAUAGAUUUUGUAGCUUGGGUUUUGAUUUUGAACAGUUUGAUGGUUUUCGUACGGCAUUGUAAGAUUUUUAUCCUCUCCUCUGCUAUAUAUACACACUCCUCCGAGUACAUAGCUCCAUGUCUCAGCCUUCAUAGCUAUCAAAAGUGUUACAAGAAAAAGAUAAAAUUUCUGCGAAACCUACAAAUACAUCAAUGGCAGUCUUGUCUAAACCAGCAGCAGAACCAAAAUUUGGGUUUUCUCCAAUCCCGGUUAUAGAUAUCUCUGACCCAGAAUCCAAACAGGCCAUCGUCAAAGCCUGUGAAGACUUUGGGUUCUUCAAGGUGAUCAACCAUGGCGUUUCCUCUGAACUAGUCUCUGUUUUGGAACAAGAGGCCGUCAAGUUCUUCUCAUUGCCCAAGUCCGAGAAAACCCAACUCGCAGGUUAUCCGUUUGGAUAUGGGAGCAGAGAGAUUGGUCGGAAUGGUGACGUGGGUUGGGUUGAGUACUUGCUGAUGAAUGCUAAUCUUGACUUUGGUUCGGUUCCAUUCCCAGGAAUCUUCAGAAACGCAUUGUCAGAGUACACAACAUCAGUAAGGAAAAUGACAUGCCAUGUUUUGGAGAUGAUUACUGAUGGGUUAGGGAUCAAACAGAGGGACACACUUAGCAAGCUUGUGUGUGAUUCAAACACUGAUUCGAUGUUCAGACUUAAUCACUAUCCACCAUGCCCUCUUAUCAACAAAAACACCAAUGGUGGCAAGAAUGUGAUCGGUUUUGGCGAACACACGGAUCCUCAGAUCAUCUCUGUCUUAAGAUCUAACAACACUUCUGGUCUACAAAUCAGUCUUACUGACAGCUCCUGGAUCUCUGUCCCUUCUGAUCCUUCCUCCUUCUUCUUCAACGUCUGUGACUCUCUCCAGGUGUUGACAAAUGGGAGGUUCAAGAGUGUGAAGCAUAGAGUUUUAGCAAACAGCAGGAAAUCUAGGGUUUCCAUGAUUUACUUCGCUGGACCUUCGUUGACUCAGAGAAUUGCUCCGUUGACUUGUCUCAUAGACAAUGAAGAAGAGAGUUUGUACGAAGAGUUCACUUGGUCUGAGUAUAAAAACUCUGCCGACAACUCUAGAUUGUCUGAUAAUAGGCUUCAACAAUUCAAAAAGAAACCUCUAAACGAUUCUUGAGUUUUUGUUCGUGAUUUGUAGGUUGAAUACAAAUCUAAAAGUGUGCCAUGCAUGAUAUAUAUAAAAUAUAUCUGUAUAUGUGUGUUUGAAGUUAAUGUUGAUCCAAUAAUUGUGAAAAAUGCGACUGUAUUUUUAUUUUAUUUUUGACAAAGGGCUUGACUGUUUUUGUUUUCUACUAUCAAUAUCGCUUUUAUAAGUUAUGGUUACAUCAAGCAUAUAUUUCGUAUUUUAUUUUGCUCACAUAAUAACCGAUGGAAUCAUUUAAGGUAGUGUAAGAAAAAAGAAAACUCUAAAAAGCUAAAAAAAUACAUGAUAAUACUUUUUUCUUUAUAUCGACAUGAUAUUAUAUUGUUGGAUUAAACGUGCAACAUGUUAUGGCUAACAACUUUAUAACAGUAAUAAAGAUAUCGAUAAAGACAUAACAACAGAAAAUCUCAAUAUUGCAGGUCGAAUGUGGUCCGAGAAUUUGAUUUUGGUACCAAAAUGCGUUGUUUGCUUACAGAUUGAUGAGCCAUUCUUUUAAAGGAAAGUGACUCGUCAAUGUAUUGUCAAAUUCACAUGCAUGGAUUGGACCAACUUAGAUAUAUCUCCAACAAGUUGUAUUUUGUUCUUAACGUUGUUAACUAAAAGUUUUCUUUCUAUAUAUAAACAUCAUAUCAUCUAGCUCGUGAUAUUUUUUUGUAUUGGAUACGAUUUUUUUUUUUUUGAAUGUUUAGAGGGGUCCGAAUGCUCGUGCAUCUCCAAGGUUAAAACUUAACUAUUUUUAAUUAAUUUUUGUUUGAACAGGAGGCUCUUCCCAACAGAAAUUGAAUAUAUGACAUUUUAGAUUCUUACUUGAUAAUUUAAGCAUUUUAGUCACUAUGCCAACUUCAAGUUAGUUAUAAUGUGGAUUGUAGAAAAAAAUGUUUUGUAUGGUAAUGGAAUCGAACCGAAUUGGAUAUAAUAAUCAUAAGAUGACAAAACUUCGUUGAUAUUUUUUCUAAGUGUUAUUUGAAAUAUUGAUUCGGUCAAAGACUCAAAGUUAGUAGAAUAUAACUUAUUUAGAAUAGUUCUUUCACUGUUACUUGGAUUGGAACUUGAGAGCUUACUAGGCUUUUGAAAAUAUCUGAAUGCACAAACUAACAAAAGACUGCAGCCGCGUCUACAUAUUUUUGCAAUCGAGUCAAUACUUUGAUAAGGUGAAGCAGCACAAUCAUUAUCUAAAAUUUUCAUUUACAAUCACUAUAAAACUUAGAGAGAUCAUCCCACCAAGUAAAAAAAAACACACACACACUGCUUUCUUGAGUCACACGCUACCUUUUGUUCAAUCACACUUCAUUUCUCCCCUUUCUUUCUUCAUAAGUUACCAAACAUCUGCAUGAGCCACUCUCAGUGAUUUUACAAACCAGCCUGCAUAAUGCUUCUCCAUUGACCCGCACCGCUCUGAGAACUGACCAUUCAUCUCAACCCCUCUAGAUAGAACAUCUGCUGCUUUCCUCCACUACUCGGUUCGUACCUUCAGCUUCUCUCCGUCUCUGCUUCUAAAUUCUCUUUUGCUUCUUCCGCAUACUCCAGCUUCUUCUUUAGCUGCGUCCUGUUCUCAUUGCUUUCAAUACGUUGAUUUGGUGUUCCUCUGAGUGUCUAAUACUCUUUCUAUUUCAAAAUGAUUCAUAUUGAACUAUAUACUGAAUGUUAUAUAUAACGUCGAUAUAAACAGAAUGAUUCAUAUUGAACUAUAUAUUGCAAACCGACUGAAACAGAUACUGCCUAAUGUCAUUUCUAAAACUCAGUCUGCAUUUAUUCCAGGACGGCUUCUAGUGAAGAAUGUUCUUAUGGCCACAGAACUGGUUCAGGGGUACAACUGGAAGAACAUCUCUAAGAGGUCAAUUCUAAAAGUGGAUCUGAAGAAGACAUUUGAGUCUCUAAACUGGGAUUUUAUUCUCCUUAUUCUUCGGGCUCUUAGGAUCCCAGAAUCCUUCGUAAGCUUGAUUGCUCAGUGCAUUACUACUACACGAUUUUCAGUAGCAAUCAACAGGGAAUUAGGAGGAUACUUUAAAGGGUCACGAGGACUAAGGCAGGGUGAUCCACUGUCACCGUAUCUCUUCGUACUGGCGAUGGAGAUUCUCUCUCAACUCUUGAAUAAAGACUUUCUGGGAGGGAGAGUUGGCCUUCACCCAGCAGCUUCGGAUCCUCUAGUAAUUCACCUGGCAUUUGCAGAUGAUAUUAUUGUGUUUUUUGAUGGCGAAUAUGGAUCCCUGUCUCAUAUUUCAGCUACGCUAGACAGCUUCUCUACUUGGUCUGGUUUCACAACCAACCGGAGUAAAAUUGAGCUGUGUACUGCAGGAAUGACCCCCAUAGAAGCCGAAAACUUGUCAAGUAGUGGCUUCUCUCUUGGCUCUCUUCCAGUUCGAUAUCUUGGUCUGUCCCUAAUGAACCGAAAGCUGCGAAUCUCUGACUAUAGACCUCCGCUGGAUCAACUUAAAUGGCGCUUUAGUUCAUGGUCAAGCCGUGCUCUUUCUUACGCGGGUCGUAAACAGCUGCUUUCUUCCGUCAUUUUCAGCAACAUUAACUUCUGGUUCUCAACCUUUGUCUCUCUGCUCAAGGUUCCUGUGGAAUGGGAGCAUAACUAAUAGAGCUGUAGCUAGGGUUUCCUGGAACUCUGUCUGUGUGCCAUACUCUGAAGGUGGUCUUGGUCUGAGAGAUUUGCUAUCCUGGAAUAAAACCCUCUCACUUAAACUCAUUUGGCUCCCCCACACAGAAAAUGAAUCUCUUUGGGCUUCUUGGUCCAAAAAGCAUAGACUUAAAGGUGCAAGUAUUUGGAUUCUUGAUGAGUCUAAGCAAAGCUCUUGGAUAUGGAAAGCUAUUCUAAAACUAAGACCUUUGGCUGAAAAUUUUAUUCGUUCUGAAGUGGGUAAUGGGCAGACAGCAAGCUUCUGGUAUGACUACUGGCUCCCAAUAGGUCCCCUAAUUAAAUUCUUUGGCAGUACUGGUCCAAGACAGCUCAGAGUUCCCUUGUCUGCAAAUGUCAGUGACUCUUGUAACGCAAACGGUUGGAUCAUGAGGCCUGCUAGAUCCUCGGCAGCAGAAACGCUUCAUGUGCUCCUAUGCUUUGUUUCGUCGUCAACGGAGAAUGACACGUACUCGUGGUAUGUUGAAGACUCUCAGGUUACUUCUUUUUCCACUAGUCACACUUGGGAGUUAAUUAGAGAACAAGAUGAUAGAGUGGAUUGGGAUUCGACUGUUUGGUUUAGUGGUCACGUUCCUAGACACGCUUUCCAUAUGUGGAUGACUAAUCUUGAUAAUCUCCUCAUCGUAUUUUUAAAGACAUAGACAGGCUGAUUCGAAAUAUCAUUCUGGCUAGGAAGGGGCGAAGGAAGUUCAGGAAAUUAAUGCAAUCUUGGCUGAGAUUUUCUUAGCAUAUUUGCGUUGGUUAUUUUCAUUCCAACAAGUAGGCCUUUUCUUGUUUUUUUUUAUCUUUUUUGGCAUCAAUCGGUUUAACCGCAUAAACACUUUGUAGAUUGUACAAAUCCACUUUCAUUUUUAAUGAUAAUUCACAUAUUUAUCCAGAAAAAAAUGAUUCAUAUUUCAAAAUUUUUACAUAUAUUAAAAAAAAAUGAUUCAUAUUUUAAAUUUUAGUUAAAAAAAUAUUGUUUUUGUGAUUAAAUAUUCCUCAUUACUUUUAUACAAUCAAAUAUCAAUAAUCACAACUGAUUUUUUUGAAGUUCACAAUUUACAAUUACUACAUAAAUUGAAAAUAUAAAAUAUAUGCCUUUUAAAAAUAUUUUUCUAAAACAUAAAUAUUUUUGAAAUAAAAGUACUUCUCAUAUCACAAAUACAAAUGGUUGAAGUUUCUUUGGUCAAUUAGAGGCCCACUUAGUAUCAUUUCCAAAUUUCAACAUAAGACCAUCCGCAUUAGCGGUUUAUAAGAGGUUCGUGGGCUCGAAAUCUUAAGCCCGGUGGAUUUAAAAAAAAAAAAAAUGCGAUUAGUUUGAUGAACCGGGCUUUGCGCAUGAACCCGUAAGGGGCAGAUUUUGCCACGCGGCGUAUGCUGGUUGGUCAAGCGUUCCGCGUUGACGAGGAGGAAAGUCGGGCCACAUCGUGUUUCUUCUCAUUUUCCCCUUUCUCUGAAAAUACUAGGGUUUCACCGUGAGAGGCGACUUUUCGUGCGACGACGAUUCCCGGCGAUUUUCUCGACGUAAUCGACGACGAGCUCUUCUAUCCACGAGCGUAGGUGAGUACCUUGUAGGUUUAUAGCUUUAUUGGGUCGAUUUUGGGGUGGGAAGCAAUUAUUCGAUUUUGAAAAAAAUUUGGGGGUUUCGAGUAAGGGAUCUAAAUCGAUAUAUGGGUUUCGAUCAAGGGUUGUAGAUCGUGAUUGUUUUUUGUUUUAGGGUUCUUUUUUCUGAGAUUUGAAAUCCAAUUAGGGUUUCGUUUUAUGGGUGAGUGAUGGGUUUAUAAAUUGAGUGAUGGGUUUUGUUUUAUGGGUUAAAUCGAGUGAUGGGUUUAGGGUUGUAGAUCGUGAUUGUGGUUUACGAGUAAUUAUUUGACAAAAUCUUGAUUUAUUUGACAGAUGGAUCCGGAAGAAGAUAGAAGAUAUUCAAAGAAGCAACACGAACACAUCAACAUGUUAAGUUUCGUGGCGGAUUCUGAGUACGGUAUUCCUAAAAGAUGUCCGUGUGGUGGGAGACUCAUUAACGAGGUGCGGGGGAAGGAGGACUACGACACUCUUCCUGGGAAGCGGUUCUUCACCUGCAAAAACUACGAGGUAAAGUCUCCUCUGUUAAACUUCACUUUAAGUUGUAUAUCAUAAUCUGAUCAUUCUUUAUGUUCUAUAUUGUAAGUUGUAUAUCUGAUCAUUCUUGAUGUUAUAACCAAGGCUGAUGGGCUCCAUUAUCGUCAGCCUUGGGUGAUAGGUGUGCAGGAGGAGCUGGAGAGGCUAACUAAACGGGUGGAAGAGGCUGAGCAGGUGAUUCUGGAGGUGUCCAAUCUUAGUAAACAGUUUGAAAGACUUGAGGUUAGUCAAACAUUUUUAGCUCUUUCAUCGCUGUAAAUUUUUUUUCCUUGUAUUUGUAUUACAGUUAACACAAAUGUUAUAUACUUUUGCCAUGUCCAGGAACAGGUUAAUUCACUCAAUGAGGCUGUCUAUGACCUCACUGUGCAGGUCCAUUCCCUCGAGAAGGUCUGCUUCGAUUGACAAUGAAAGGUCACGGGUUGGAGGUGACAGUGUUGCAGGUCACGGGUUGGAAGUUUAGGUUGUUGCAGGUCAAUCUUAGUGGUCGUUACCUUUGUUUGUUUGCGGUUUACUCACGGGAAAGUGUAGGUUUUGUUUCUUUCUACACUGCAGGUCACUCAUGUACUAUGUCUCUCUAUGUAUUAUGCUUUUGUUGUAACUCUGAACUUGAUUCACGGAUGUACUAAACCAGAUCACGGAUGUACUAUGUUGUAACUCUAUGUCUCUAUAUAAAUGAAGUCUCUACUCUCUGCUUUUUAAUCAAAGUUAUCUUCCAUUUCUUCUCUUGCUUUUGUUUCUCUUCUCUGUGUUGUUCUUGUUUCUCUUGCUCUUGUUUGUCUUGUUUUUUUUUUCUUUUCUCACUACAAAACGAACAUUCAACAACAUACAACAAACUACAACAACUAAAUUCAACUAGGAUGUCCUUGAUCGAGUGAAGUCCGUGACCAACAAACAACAUACAAGAGCAACUACCUUCAACAACAAACAAGAGCAACUACCUUCAACAACAAACAACAUACAAGAAAAAGUCAUCAAGGUAAGAAGUAAAAAAAAAUUAUUGUUAAGGAAAAAUGGAUAAUGAAAA